AGCGCGUCACGCCGCCCGCGCUCCGCCCCCCGCUCCUGCUCCUGCUGCCGGCGCCGCCGCCGCCAGCUCGGCCCGGCGCGGGCGGGAGGGCGGGCGGCGCAGCCAUGGAGCCCGAGUGCCGGGUGCUCUCCAUCCAGAGCCACGUCGUGCGCGGCUACGUGGGCAACAAGGCGGCCACCUUCCCCCUGCAGGUUCUGGGAUUUGAAGUUGAUACGGUGAACUCUGUCCAGUUUUCAAACCACACAGGUUAUGCCCACUGGAAGGGUCAGGUGUUGAAUUCAGAUGAACUUCAUGAACUGUAUGAAGGACUGAAGCUGAACAAGGUCAACCGCUACGAUUAUGUGCUCACAGGGUAUACAAGAGACACAUCAUUUCUUGCAAUGGUGGUGGAUAUUGUCCAGGAGUUGAAGCAACAGAAUUCCAACCUUGUAUAUGUGUGUGAUCCAGUGAUGGGUGACAAAUGGAAUGGAGAAGGCUCUAUGUAUGUGCCCAAGGAUCUCCUCCCGGUCUACAGGGACAAAGUUGUACCUGUUGCAGAUAUAAUUACUCCUAACCAGUUUGAAGCUGAGUUACUCACGGGCAGGAAGAUUUACACCGAAAAAGAUGCUUUAGAGGUAAUGGAUAUGCUCCAUGCCAUGGGACCAGAGACUGUGGUGAUCACAAGCUCAGAUCUACAGGCACCUCUGGGAAAUGACUACUUAAUUGCUCUGGGAAGCCACAGAAAAACUAAAGCAGAUGGUACCAGGAUAACACAAAGAAUUCGAGUGGAGUCUCCUAAAGUGGAUGCUGUCUUUGUUGGAACUGGAGACCUGUUUGCUGCUAUGCUUCUGGCAUGGACACACAAGCAUCCAAACAAUUUGAAGGUGGCAUGUGAAAAGACUGUGUCAGCCAUGCAGCAUGUUCUGCAAAGGACCAUUAAGAGUGCAAAAGCACAAGCUGGAGAAGGAAACAAACCAAACUCAGCCCAGCUGGAACUGAGAAUGGUCCAAAGCAAAAAGGACAUAGAAAACCCAGAGAUCAUAGUGAAAGCCACCGUGUUAUAAAGGCUGUACGUCUCCAAUAACGCACAAUGUAUUGAUGUCCUCAUUUCUUUCCUGUAAAUUGUAAUAUUUGCCUUAGAUCUGUGACAGAAACCUGACUUUCAUGAAAUAGUGCCCAGCAUAGGCAGAUAUCCACUCUCAAACAUAUGUGCUGGCCUUGCUCAGUUUAAAAAACAAAACAGUUGGUGUGCAUUUGAGCAUAUUCCAGGUAUCAAAAUGGCUGUCGGAGUCACUUAGUCUGCGUAAUGACCCAGGGCAAGAGAGAACAAUGCUCCUGCCUUGCCGAAGACUUUAGAUGUGAAUUUGCUAAUGGAAUGCUUGACUGACUGGAAAAUGUAUUUCAGGAUGGCCUCUAGUGCCAACGGAGCUGGCUCCAUGCUCCCUUUUCCUGGAGAUACCUGGUUACCUACUCAGGUAUUCAGUAUCUCAGCUGCUAUGAGACUAAGCAGGGUUAAAGCUACACACAAAGUUCUGGUUGUGUGUAGGAGUACUUUGAAGAUGUUUGGCAUGUUCAGUACUCUGAAGUGACCUUGAGGUGUCAUUCAUGUUGCUGAUUUCUGCUCCUGCUUCUGGCCUGUGAGCAGCUGCACAGUUUGGGACUGACUGCUUAUUUCUAAUGUCCGUGGGUGCCCACAUGAUUUUCUUCCAAAAGCUGCUCCAGAAACACCUUCAUUAAUAAGAUAAUACUUUCAUUCAGUAGCACUGGUUAGGAGUUUGUAGUUCUACCUCCAAGGCCAGGUUUGAUUCUCUGUUUUUUAACUAAGGACAAACAUUCUGUUAAAGACAAAUGAGAAAGCAGCUCUUAUUCUGGCUGCCCUGGUUUGUACUUAAAAACUACAUAGAGCACUUCCACUUAACAGUAGUAAGCACUGUAGACAGGCUUAUCAAUGAAGCAAUGUGGGAAAAGUAUUAUUUUUGGUUUUAGUGAGUUACAUAUGUUUACCAAAUGCAGCAAAACAUAGAAAAUUACCUUGUUCAUAAUGUAAGUCUCUGCAGCCAAUUAGAGAUGACAGAAAUGCAUUGUUAUUAGUAAUGCAUCUGAAUUUCAAAAUUCUUCUUCCUAAAGCUUCAAAAUGGAAUUUUUAAUAAUUUCAGUGUCCAAUACAUCACAGCCACAUCCUGAACCACUGGGACAGACAGGCAGGCAAGGUCUGUAUGGGACCCAUGUUCUUGAUGUCCCAAGAUGAGGGAGGUCUGGUCUGCUGUUCACGUUCAGUUGAUGAGCUUUGUUUGUCUCAGGCUGCAUAAAGGGAUUAAAAUUGCAUUUCUGAUUGCAGGAACAUGAAGAAAACUUGCAUUAGAGGAAAAUUUUUCUUGAUUACCUGAGUAGGCUGAGGAAACUCACUCUUGGGUAUCUCCCAGAUACCUUUCCCUUAUCUUCCUCCUCACACCUGCCUAACUGAUAAGUCUUCAUUUAUCCCAUCAUUGUCAUGAAUUUCUGCCAUUGUAAAACUUAAUUGUUUUCACCUAGUAGAAGACUAUUUUAUUCUUGAUGUAAAUUUUUAGCUGAAUGUGUUUUCUUUAAUAGAAUAGUUAUCAUAAUUAAUAAGUUUCUGAAAUCCCUAAUUUUUAAUAUCUUUGAAACAAAUGAAAUUUAAGAGGAACGUGUUUUGCAGUAAGUAUAAAAGCCAAACUUCAGGCUUUCACUCUCAACAACCAAUAUUAAUUUUAUUUCCUCUCAUGCAUUUGAUAUAAAAAUGGAAAAAAAAAUCAUAUGACUCGAGAAUUUGAAGGAAAAAAAUACCAACAGAAAUUAUCUACAAAAUGUGACUCUACUGCCACCAUUUUUAGUAAUCACUGUAAUGAAAUAACUUUCUAGCAAUAAUAAUUUUGGUGAUGUGAACAGUUGCUAAAAUUAGCAGUCAUUAACAGAGAUAUGAGCUCCUGGCUGAUAUGCAACAUGUAAAAUUAUAUUAACUACCUUAACAGUGUGUAUAAAUAUUGAUGGGAAGCAGUGAAGAAGGAGCCAGGCUCUUCUCAGUGGUGCCCAGCAAAGGGAUAACAGGCAAUGGGCACAAACUGAAAUUCAGGAAAAUCCAUUUAAAACGUUAAAAAACCCAUAACUGACUGUGAGGGUGAUCAAACACUGGCACAGGUUGCCCAGAGAAGUGUUGGAGUCUCCAUCCUUGGAGAUACUCAAAUGCUGACUGAACAUGGCCCUGAGCAGCCUACUGCACUUGGACCAGAUGGUCUCCAGAGGUCCCUUCCAACCUCAGCCAUCCUGUGAUUCUGUGAAGCACAACAAACUGCCUUUCUUUGCAGAUUUUUUUUUGCAAAUUUUUUUUUCUCCCUGCAGCACACAAACUUCCAGAUGGGCCAGGAAAUAGCUCACAUUAAUAUUUUACCCCCUUCUCAGAUAAGCUGCUGCUUGCUUGGGCAGUUGUGCCAGGAAGACAGUUAACUUCUUUGAGAUAAUUGCUUUCAGCAAAGAUAUUUAAAUACUGUAGCUAGUGGUGCAUUUCAACAGUUGAACACUAAAAGGAUUUUAACUGUUUCUAACAUUAAUUAACCAAGUGUUGUGUGCCAUAUUCCAGACAUAACUAUGAGUUUAUUUAUCUUUUAAAAUCAGACUAUUUCAUCUGGAAGUGUAUAAUCCCUACCAUCCUUUUGGGGAGAAGGGAUCACCAUACUAAACUUCCCCUACCUGUACAUGCCAUGGUCAAUGCCCUUUUAGUAAGUGUGAGACAGCAGGAUUUUUUUUUUGCCACUAGAAUAAAUAGACCUUCACAAGAAGAUUGAGAGAAAAACAAGGGCUGUUUCCCUGAAAUAAAGAAGCCUGGAAUUUAGAAAACUUAAAGCUACCUUGCAAACAGGGUUUUAAUUGUAAACCAUAAUGAACAGUGAUCUUGCCAUAAAAGAGAAGGUGAUACGUUUGUUGGAGCAGCUUAUAUCUGUCAGGUGUGAUCUUUUCCCACUGCUUCAAAGAAUGGGUCAGUUCUGUAAUUCACACCUUCCUUAGAAUCUGUGACAUAUCCAUGUUAACAACAAAAGAAUAUUAAUACUAAUAUGCUCAAUUUGCAAAAUUCCUAUUUCACAGUAGCUGGAUCCUGUAGCAGUGGGCUGCUGGCUUCAUCUCCUUAAGUCCCUGGGCGUUGUUCAUGUGAUAUCUGUUUUAAACUCCUGCUGAUCUCGUCUAAAUUAGGUCAGGUUUAUGUCUUCACUGAAGAAUCGGGCUUAACAUCUCUUGCCAGGAACAAACAUCAGAAAUUAUCUGUAAAUAUAAUCUGUAGCUAACAUUUUGUAGCCACAGCAGGCUAACAGUUGUUUUUAAAUGCCAAGGUAUACAUACUUAAUACUUGGAUGCAUUUUUAUUUGUUCAGAGUUGCACAGAGCUUGUGUGCAGAACAAAAUUUCAAAGAGUCAGCACAGUCCUGUCCAAUGUUUUAUUCCCUCCUCUCCUCCUGCAUAUAACACCUGUAUCUUUUUCUGAGUUCCUGCUGUCUGUCUGGUGCAGCUGGAAAGUGUCUCAGUAUCAGACAUCUGCCCACUAUUUAUUUGAGGGCUCGGAGGAGACUCUUCAGGGUUGUCUGAUCCACUUGCAAGCCUUUAGUUAAAGAUAAAUGGUUAAUCUAAACUAGCCUAGCUCCUAAUUGAUUACAGAACAAGCACUUUAGCCCAGAGAGUGAAGUCUAUAACUAAUGGAUAAUCUUCCAUGACCGUCCUAAGAGCAUGAAAGGUGUCUGUAACCCAGAGUGCAGCGCUCAGCAGUUCGGGACUGGUGACUCCACGUGUCCGUGUGAGGUCAGUGGCACAGGACAUCCCUCAUGCUGCAGUACCUGUGGGCAUGGGAGAGGUGAAUGUGUUUGCAUCCAGUCAACUCCUUUCAUUCUGCUUACUGGAACUGAUUUUGUGAUGGGUCCCCCCUUUUUUCUGGGAUGGUUCACAGUGCAUGUGCUCAGCCGUUUUGAUUGCUCCAAGCGCACUCGCUCGACGUGCAGGAGAGACCAAAAAUUGUUUACAAACCAUCUACUCUAUUCUGGGCCCGGAUUAGUCUCUACAGGAAAAUUCCCAUGCCUCUGGGAGACGUGCAUAAAGACAUUGUGCUAAAAUCAGUGUUGUUCCCACUCGAUACAAACAUCUAAGAAAUCUGCAGUAUGAAUUGUUAGUGUUUGUUUGCUGAUUUUUAUCAUAAGAGGGGAGAAUUCUAUAAUUAAUGUGUUAAACAAAAGAAUCAGAGGACCAAGGUUUCCAGCUACUCAUACUGCCUUUUGAGUAUCUUAACUGUGUCUUGAUUGGAUGGUGUUAAUUUGUUGUCUGAGACUGUUAUGGUGAUUGUAUUGAUCGAUUUUAUUUUAAAAUAUGUGGCAAGGAAGAUUGUAAUAAAAGCAUCAACGUUUAAUAUACUGUGCACACACAAAUUGUUAGAUCCUGUUUUUAAAUAUGUUAAUCAUUUCAGAAUCAAACAGCACAAGAAUGGUUUUAUAGUCUUGCUGAAUAAAGUGGAUGUAAUUAAAUAUUUCCUUAGUUAUGUCCUAGUAUAGAGGAAGGGUAGUCAAUGGAAGAGCACACAUUUGUGCCCUGUAAUCAUCAUACUGUAAGAUAUGGAUGUGGAAGUGAAUAACAUCCUUGUUGUCUGAAUUUUUAUUUUUUUUAAAGUUUCAUGGGAAGACAACUACUGGCAUUCUGCACCACUCUCUUGCAUUCCUCUUACUUGUAUGUGUAGGAGCUCAUUGUGUUGUGCUCUUUAUUCCUGCAAACAAGGUGAAAAGAGGGGCUUGGAGUAAGAACCAUAACUCAUUUUGAGAUCUGUUUCUUGUACAGAAUGUAGCUGCACUCCCCUUUGCUGAAUUCUUACCUCACUAUGUGGAUUAGAGCAUACAGGACUAUACAGUGGGAAACAGUAGUUCCUCAUGUGGGAACAAGUGCUUCUGCCAGCACUCAGCAGUGUCCCUGCAAGAGGGAGAGAGCAGGGAUCCAGGUUAGUGAGAGCACUGGUCAUUGGAGAAGGUGCUGUGUCAUUACACUUAGCUCCACUGGAGAAUUUUGGUUUAUACUUAUACUAAAGAACCACCCCUCCUGAGUAAAGGUCUUUGCCCACUUUAAGAGUGCUUUUAAAGGCUGAGGUGUGUUACAAAUUUUGGUCACUCUGGUACUAAAAUAUUCCUUCAUAAAUGGAAACACCACCCCUUCUUUUAUAUCCCAUUGCAGCCUUACUGGCUUAAUGGCCACUCCUGUUAGAAUCCCAGGAUAAGAUAUUCAGAGAGCUGUUCUUCAUGAAAGACAUUUGCUCCUGGUCAGAGCCUGCUGAACAGUUCUGUAGCUUUCUAAAGCACGUCCAUUAAAGACAUAUAUCAGCCAUGGAAACUAAGCUUUGAGAUGUUCAAUCACAGCCCCAACUCUUCUCUUUUAAAUAAGUGAGUAAACCAGCGAGUUUACUGCGGGAGCAGAUUUCAGGUGAAUCCAUGAGGUUCAAUCAGACACUGGAGGAAGGGCAUUGAAUGCAGAGUGCCAGGGAGCUGCUAUUUUGUCUGCACAGUUUCAGGAGAGACCAAGCUAGUUCUCACCAUUUUCCAGGAGGGAGGAACGUGGCAUUCCAACAGCCAAAGAAGGCUCCUGUCUGCCUCACCAGGAAACCAGUGCCACCAGUUUGGUGCUUUUACUGCUCCAGCAGCAGUGGGCCUCGAGGCAAAUGGGAUGCUCCUAAAUAUGCAUGUAUUCCUGACUUAGUGCCUCCACAGUGCAAAUAAAGGUAAUAAACCCCCAAUUUGCAGAGCAGUGAAUAAGGCAGCACAUUAUUCAGAGAGAGAAAACCAGCAAUAUGAGAAGGCUGUGCCAUAUGUUACCACUGAAAUCACACUUACCUAUUGCCCUCGUGGUUGCAUUGCUGUUUAGAAAAACUCUGUGUGUAGAAGAGUGUAAUAUAUGUACUCCGUGUGUGUGUGUGUGUGUGUGUAUGUUGAAGCUUUAUUUGCAAUGUGGUUAGGCGUGGGAAACAGAAUUUUGGGGGGCUGGCUGAGUAGGCCUUCAGGAUGUGAGCAGAAGGUCUUAAAGAGAUAUAUUUUUAUAGACUGUGCUGAAGCUUUGGGUCCCAGCCACACAUAGCCUUUUCUUCCAGAGAAGUAAAAUGGUUUGGAAAGAAAGUCAGGUGGCUGUAAUACAGUAGGGAUAGUACAACCCCACCAGCCCUGGACAAACUGAAUAACUUAAUAAAAGAUGCCUUUUUAAGUAAUAUUUUUUUAGUGCUGAAUUGUUAAACAAAGAAAUAUUUAUGAGCAAACUUUCUAUGUACUUAAAGUUUGUGUGGUGCUUUGUACUGACUAGGUGGACCUGUUAUAUGUUUACACAUCUUAAUGAUUGUCCUCGAGGCGUAUGUAGUAAUUCAAUGACUUUUAUGCCAGAAAAACAAUGAAGUUCUGUGUAAUAUAGCAAAUGAUUUAAUUUCUAAUGAAACUGUAGGCUUUUUAGUGUUUGUGUACUUUUCUGGUUGGCAAUUAUGAGUUGUAUCCCUCUUGCAGUGAGGCUUGUACGCUUGAUUGUAGAGAGAGGCAAUAGGAUGGUAGAUACCAUUGUUUAUAAAGAAAACCCUAAAUAUUGCUACCUUAUCCAUUUUAAAAAUCAGGUGAGCUUUGUGGCGUAAGCCUGAAAUUUAGAUUUUUGCAUUGGAAUAAAGUCUCAAAUACAUCUGUGAUAGGUUAACAAUUGGUGAUGGAUUUGUGUAGUUAAUUAAAUAAGACUGGGAGGUGUUAAAAGUAUUUAAUAAAUGUACAAGCCAGGAGACUGGAACAAAACUGGAUUGUUCUUAUUGCAUGGACCUGACUAAGGUAACUCAUAGCUCGUGCUGGACAUGUGCACAGACAGAUGAGUAGCCUAAAGGGGAGAAAGUAAAGAUUUUUUCCUUGUAGUUUGCCAGCUGUAAUAAUGUGAAGAAUUUUAGUUGGGUGUUCUGAAUUCAAAUUCAUGAAUAUCUUUCAGAAGAGUUGAGUUACCGAUAAAAUCCCGUUCAGUCAAAAGGCAAAGCUGUUCACGUGGUUCAAAACCAGAACGUGAUUUUUAUGUCUUGCUAGACUUAACUGAGUCUUUGUUUCUCAUGGCUGGCAGACCAGCGCUAAAGCACAACUGUCCAGAUAGAUUUAUUUUUUUGGUCUCUCUAGAAAGUGCAAGGUCUGCAACAUAAAGGAGUUUUCUGAGCAUGGCCCUCUGCUAAACAUUGCGCUCCUGCCACAACCAUUGGUGAUCUGGGAAAACCGAGCAUCACUUAACCAUGUCCCUUUUAAGAAACAUGGCAGCAUCCUCACCACCCUUCUGAAUAAAUCACUAACUGCAAAAAGUAGAGGAGAAUUUAUCACAACUUUUUCUCUCAAGAGUUCCCGAGUUCCAGAUGCAUUAAAAGAGAGGUACUUCUGCUUUGCCGAGUCAGCAGGAAAAACGUCACUGGGAUGAAUAAUGUAUCGUAGAGAGAGGCUGUGGCAGGGAACAGCUCUGUUGUGUGUGCUUCGCUGUGCCUGGCUUUUCCUCCCCUGGGAAUCUGGGGGUACAGUAUCCCUGUGGUGCUGGUGGCAGAGUGACUGUUUGCCUGCAUCCUCCCUCCGGGGAAACGCGGAGGAGUUUAUUCCGAGAUGAGGUCGGUGUGAAGUUGUUGGGCUGGUUCUUUCACAGGGCUGUACCAAAGCUGUGCUUUAGCACAACUCUGUGUGCACUCUAAAGCUUGUGAUGUACAGUGUGCUGCUUUCCUGGCCACAGUGUAAUCUCCUUGUACUUCUUCUAUAGGCCGUGGAGAACCAAGAGGCUCUGAAAGUCCAUUAUUCAGAUUAUUCAGGCUAGGCUCUUGUUUUUAAGAAGAGAAAGGUAGAGAAUUAUCAGCUGCUGUGAUAUAUCUAACUUACCCAGCUCAGCUACACCCUGAAACUGUGCCCUAACCUUCCUCUGCCAUCACCUGUCCUGGCCUUGGUAUUUGCCUGUCCCCAUAACAAGCGAAGUGAAAGAGCUAAAACCAAUGGGGAAUUUUUGCAGUCAAAACCCCUGAGGUUUUAAUCUCCUUUAGUUCCCUUAACUUUCUCAUCCUGGGAACAGAUAAGUGCUUCUGCUGCUGCUGGGGAGGCGCUGGGACGAUGCAGCUGCUCAAAAUGGGGGAGAAUGUGGUUGCCUCUUUCCCUGGCAGUGAGAUACUGGGUAAGCAGGGCCUAAUUGCAGAGCUGCACUGCUAGUGGGAAAGAAAUCUUUGUGAGCUAAGUACUUGAAAGAAGAGCUGCAGGUUUAGUAUUUUGGUGUCCUCAAUCCAGCCCCAUUCCCUGUAGGGCAGAAAUAUUAUAGCACUAAAAGUUUUGGCGUGGCUGUUCUUAAUGACCUGUGUGGUGCUUGUGCCUAGCAGAGUAGAAAAUGGCACUGAAUAAAGCAGUGCUCUAACUAGGGAAUAUAAUAGGAAGAUCCAGGUGGAGAAAGUUUCAAGUCUGCUUUCACAGCACGUGCAUGGUGUCAGAGUUGUCCAGGUCCGGCUCUUUAAUUUCUUUAAAUAAAGAAGAAAUCACAUUAAUAAAUCAAUAGAUUAAUAAGGGAACUCACCUGUGAAUUUACGUGGCAUUAGCAUUUAUUUUUGUCUGCAGAUGUUUAAAUCUUUCCACACCAAAGGUCUCUGGUUCAUAGGGGGUUUUCAGAAGAUGCCUUGCCAAGUGGUGUGACAGAGCCUGUCUCAGCUGCCUGGGAGCACAGCAGGCUUCUUGUGACACACCUGUGACAGAUGGCAUUGGGGUGCCACCUGCAGACGGGCACUCCUGUCCCUGCAUUUGGUACAGCACAGGUAUUCACGUGCCCAAGAGGUGCUGCAUGUGAUUACCUGCCUUGCUAGGGAAGGGAACCGUAGGGCUUGUUGCUGGAGCUGCAGUGAUGGAAGGAAACACUGGAGAAUUCAGCACCAUACAAUGAUUUUGCCAUUUGCUGUUAGUGUUUGUUGGUGCAGUGUGUCCCUUUCAGUGUUGUUUUCUUUCUGGAAGAUGGGAGGAUGACAGCCUGUGUGCUGUUUUAAUGUGCUUUUAGCUGGCUGAGUGUGAAACACAAAUCAAGAUUGUUAAAAGUGGAGGGGAGGGAUAGCUGUGAAUUUGCCUAGGACCUAAGUGAGCAGAGAAACUUUGAGAUUUGUCUCUAAUUCAGAAAUAAUUCAGUAUUGACCAAAGGAGUGCCAUGUCUUCAAUGGGCAGUAGCACCUGGGAGAGGCCAAUAUUUAGGGUUUUUGCCCAAAGCACAUUUAGCCCCGCUCUACUGUUUAGUGAAAACGCCCAGUGCAGAUGCCACCAGAGCCUCAUCUCGUGGAGUAAUGCUGUAAUAAAGAAUGUGGUUUUCUUGUGCAAGUCUUAACCUCUUCUUAUGAAAAAACCACACAACUCAGUAUUUUCAUGGUGUAUAAGUGAAAUGUAAUUUUUUUUUUCAAUAAAAUACAUUUCCUUUCCUAAA